AAUCUCGAAGUAGUCAGCGCCUCUGCAUCGAUGCUAUUCCUGACCAAGCAAUAAAGACAGAGAGAUGCGUGGCGUCACCGCCCUCCCAUCCAGCCGUUGGUUCGAUCGUACGUUCCCACCGAGUUUGGUGGUGUCAGUUCCUGAUUUUCUGUCACCUAUAAAAUCCUUAUCCCACCCCUUAUUCCCAAAUAAAUUCAUUAUUCAAUUACUCAGAAAAAGAAAAUUCAUCCUUCAAUUUCUCGAGUUGGUAUUUGUGUUUCUUGUUGAUUGCUCAGUGUGAUUAUGGCUGAAGGAGAUUUGAGAUCGCAGAAUGAGAUUGUAUUUGCUAACGAGGAGGAGCAAGCGCUGAAGUACCUGGAGUUCGUGCAGGUGGCGACGAUUCACGCUCUGAUGUGCCUGUCGAACGUCUACGAUUACGCUAAGGACAAGUCCGGUCCUCUGAAGCCCGGCGUUGAGACCGUGGAGGGCACGGUUAGGAGCGUCGUCGGACCUGUCUACGACAAGUUCCACGACGUCCCUAUCGAGGUCCUCAAGUUCGUGGACCGCAAGGUGGAUGAGUCUGUGACCGGGUUGGAUCGCCGUGUGCCCCCAACCAUCAAGCAAGCUUCUUCCCAGGCCUUCUCAGCUGCUCAAAGAGCCCCGGUGGUAGCUCGGGCCGUUGCGUCCGAAGUUAAGCGUGCUGGGGUGGUGGACACCGCUUCAGGAAUUGCCAAAUCUGUGUACACCAAGUGUGAGCCUACUGCUAAGGAUCUCUACUCCAAAUAUGAACCGAAGGCCGAGCAGUGCGCUGUGUCAGCUUGGCGCAAGCUCAAUAAGCUCCCUCUCUUCCCUCAGGUGGCUCAAGUAGUUCUACCAACGGCGGCUUAUUGCACCGAGAAGUACAACGAAACAGUGCUGAGCACUGUAGAGAAGGGGUACAAGGUUUCGUCAUACCUGCCCUUGGUCCCUACAGAAAGGAUUGCCAAGGUUUUCAGCGGUGAUGGAGCUGAAUCAGAGCCGUUGGUUCCAAGUGGUAGUGAAGCUGCUGUGGCAGCCCAUUGAUGGUUGGCCAAUAAUGUUGGUUUGUUUUAGGUUGUGAUGAUGUGUGUAUAGAAAGAAAUGUUGGACUUCGAUCGUCCAAUAGCCAUCGUUGUCGGAUGGUGUUUAUGUGGUUUUUAGUACUUUUUUGUUCUCUGUUUUUAUUUCACUUAAUGUCAAAAAUAUUAUUUAAACCUA